CAACGUAGAAGGAAAGGAAGAUCAGAAAGAAAAUGAAAGCGGGUGGGUCGAACCUCCGGAGAGAAGCCUAGGGAGGCAUAAUACAGAAAGCUAUGUCUCCCGCAGCACCGAUCGAACCGAGAUUGCCGGAAACUUCAACGGCGGGGCCAUCGCCGGCUGUCGAGGGAUCCCUCAUCUUUAAUGGUCGUUUCAGCGAUCUCAGAGGGGUGCAAUGGCGUAUACAAUUCGGAAUAUUGCCGCCUUCUUCCUCCUCUUCCAUCGAUGAUCUUCGCCGCGUCACUGCAAAUUCUCGUCGGAGGUAUGCUGGUUCAAGGAGACACCUCCUUGUUGAUCCACACGUUACCAGAGAUGGAGUCACUUCUCCAAAUCUUGUUAUGGACAACCCACUAUCACAAAACCCAGAUAGCAUGUGGGGUCGUUUCUUCCGGAAUGCUGAAUUGGAAAGAAUGGUUGACCAAGAUUUGUCUCGUUUAUAUCCUGAGCAUGGAAGCUACUUCCAGUCACCUGAGCUGCAAAGCAUGUUCAGGCGAAUUUUGUUGUUAUGGUGCCUUAUGCAUCCAGAGUAUGGUUACAAACAAGGAAUGCAUGAACUCUUGGCUCCUCUGUUAUACGUUCUGCAUGCUGAUAUAGCACACCUCUCUGAAGUGCGGAAGCUUUAUGGAGACCACUUCAUUGACAUUGACGGCUUUGCAUUUAAUGAAAGUGAUUUAACUUUUAACUUUGAUUUUAGGAAAUUUUCUGAAUCUACAGAAGAUGAGACUGGCUCACAAAAAUGUGGAUUGAAGAUUAACAGUCUUGAUGAACUGGAUCCCAAGAUACAAGAUAUUGUAUUGCUAAGUGAUGCUUAUGGGGCGGAAGGUGAAUUGGGUGUUGUCUUGUCUGAGAAAUUUAUGGAGCAUGAUGCUUAUUGUAUGUUUGAUGCUGUGAUGAGUGGGACAAGUGGUGCAGUUCGCAUGGUUGAUUUUUUUUCACCUUCUCCUUUAGGUGGCUCUCAGGCAGGGUUGCCUCCUGUUAUUGAAGCUUCUUCUGCAUUAUACCAUUUGCUCUCUGUUGUUGAUGCAUCUCUCCACAGUCACCUUGUUGAGCUUGGUGUGGAACCACAAUUCUUUGCCCUCCGCUGGCUACGUGUUCUAUUUGGGCGUGAAUUCUCGCUUGAAUACCUUUUAAUAAUCUGGGAUGAAAUAUUUGCAUUUGAUAAUAGUAAAUCCAAUAAAUUCAAAGAAGAUGUUGGGUCCAGCUCCAGGGUCCUCAGUUCACACAGAGGAGCAUUCAUCUCAGCUUUUGCUGUUUCGAUGAUACUAUACUUGAGGCCUUCUCUGCUUGCUGCUGAGAAUGCUACUUCGUGUCUUCAGAGAUUGCUGAACUUUCCAGCCAACAUAAAUCUGAAAAAACUAAUAGCAAAGGCAAGAUCUUUGCAGCCUCUAGCACUAGAUGCUAAUAGCUCAAUCCGAUUACCAAUGCAUACUGGAAGCCUUAGCCGAAGUAAAUCAGCAGUAGUGAGAGGUCACAGUCUUUCAUCAGAUUCUAUUUCACCAAGAACUCCCCUGAGCUUUGUUCCCGAGAGCUAUUGGGAAGAGAAAUGGAGAGAUCUGCACAAGGCAGAACAACUUCAGCAAAGUAGUUCAGAAAAAUCUGACUGCAAAAAAGGUUGGUCAGAAAAAGUGAGAUUGACUCUAUCUGGAACUGGAUCUGCCCCAUCCUCAUCAAAGGAGGGAAGUGGCAAAAUAGACUCCAAGUUGUCUGUGAGGAGAAGUUUGCUGGAGGAUUUGUCCCAGCAGCUUGGUCCAGGGGAACUUGUGGACAAAAUGAGAAGCAGUGGAAAUUUUGGCCAGACAGAUGCUAUUCUGGACAGUGAGGUGAAUAGGCAAGGUGGCAUCAACAACAACUUCUGUUGCACACCAGAGGACCAAUGUUUGAGUGGGAUUGCUGCCAGUGCGGAGAACUCAUGCUCAAAUGCACCAAGUCUUAAUGAUCCUGAAAAUCAAUCUAGAAGGAGUAGUGUGGCAUCCAACUUACCCAUUGAUGAAAAUGAUGAUGAACCAAAUAGUGGUAAGUCAUGUAGGAUAGAGCCAAAAGACUCACCUCUUCCUGUCUCAGAUUCUCCAGGGACUGUCUCUUUGAAGGAUGGAUUGGAGGAAGAUUCCAGAGGGAAAAUGACAAUAGCUAGAUCCAGUUCUGCUGAGGAGAUCUCUUUAAGACCUGGACAGGAUAAUGAUGUUAUUGGAAAAUCAGUGACACCUAUGAAGGAGAGGAAGCUCUUUUCUGGUAAAUUUCAGUGGUUAUGGAGGUUGGGACGGAAUAAUGGUGAGGGCACAUCUGGAAGGCUCCUACCUGAAGCCACAAAAUCUUCUAAUGUUGGAACCGACCAGAAUAAUACAACAACCUGUUCCAUGGUGAAUGGAUCUAAUAACUCUUCCAUGAAUGGCAAAGGUGAUGCUGUGGACCGGAAUAUGGCAACUACAUUGAGAAAUCUUGGUCAUUCUAUGCUCGAGAAUAUUCAGGUCAUAGAGUCAGUUUUCCAUCAAGAGCAAAGUCAAGUGGGGUUUCCAGAAAACUCAUCAAAACAUUUUCUUGGGGGUGAAGGACAAGUUACACCAGUGGCAGCCAUCAGGGAGCUGCGGAAAAUUGGCAACCUUCUGCGAGAGAUGUGAGGAUAACAGUAACUGUUGCAACCUGUAUAUUCAUGUUGUAAUUACCAUCUUCUCUGUAAGUGCCAAAUAAAUGAAGUUCUUCGCCUCUCGUAAUAGCAUAUCUGUGAAAAAGAAAUUUCUCUUCCAAAUGUGUAAAUUUGUGUUAUCUGGCUGUAAUAUUUUGUCAAGUUUUGUGUUUA